UGGAGGCGAGGCAGCAGGGACCGUGGUCAAGGAUGGACGAGCAGCCUCGGUUGAUGCACUCCCACGGGGUAGGCAUGGCCGGACACCCCGGCCUGGCGCAGCAUAUGCAGGAUGGCACGGCGGGGACGGACGGAGAGGGAAGAAAGCAGGACAUCGGAGACAUAUUACAGCAAAUAAUGACCAUCACAGAUCAAAGCUUAGACGAAGCACAGGCGAGGAAACAUGCACUGAACUGCCACAGAAUGAAACCUGCUCUCUUCAAUGUAUUGUGUGAAAUUAAAGAGAAAACAGUGCUCAGUAUCCGAGGCGCCCAGGAGGAGGAGCCUCCAGAUCCCCAGCUAAUGCGACUGGACAACAUGCUGCUGGCGGAGGGCGUGGCCGGGCCAGAGAAAGGUGGCGGGUCGGCAGCCGCAGCCGCCGCCGCAGCAGCCACUGGUGGCGUCGGUGCCGACAACUCAGCAGAACACUCUGACUACCGGGCCAAGCUGUCUCAGAUCCGACAAAUUUACCACACGGAGCUGGAGAAGUAUGAACAGGCGUGCAAUGAGUUCACCACCCAUGUGAUGAACCUGCUGCGGGAGCAGUCUCGAACACGACCCAUCUCGCCCAAGGAGAUCGAGCGCAUGGUCAGCAUCAUCCACCGCAAGUUCAGCUCCAUCCAGAUGCAGCUGAAGCAGAGCACCUGCGAGGCCGUCAUGAUCCUGCGCUCACGCUUUCUCGAUGCCAGACGAAAGAGGAGGAACUUCAACAAACAGGCGACAGAGAUCCUGAACGAGUACUUUUACUCCCAUCUCAGUAACCCCUACCCCAGCGAGGAGGCCAAAGAAGAACUGGCCAAGAAAUGCGGCAUCACAGUGUCACAGGUAUCAAACUGGUUUGGGAACAAGAGAAUCCGAUACAAGAAAAACAUCGGCAAGUUCCAAGAAGAGGCCAACAUGUAUGCAGCGAGGACUGCGGUCAAUGCAACCAGUGUGUCUGCCCACGGCAGUCAGGCAAACUCCCCAUCAACUCCCAAUUCAGCAGGUUCUGCUGGCUCUUUUAACAUGUCAAACUCCGGAGACUUGUUCAUGAGUGUGCAGUCCCUCAAUGGGGACUCGUACCAAGGGGGGCAGGUUGGGGCCAACAUACAAUCCCAGGUGGAUACCCUUCGCCAUGUUAUCAGCCAGACCGGAGGAUACAGUGACAGCCUCGCAGCCAGCCAGAUGUACAGUCCACAGGGCAUCAACACAAAUGGUGGCUGGCAAGAUGCUCCGACUCCUUCGUCAGUGACAUCGCCCACAGAAGGACCCGGAAGUGUCCAUUCGGAUACUUCCAACUGAAUAUAUCCAUCUCUACACCUCAUCCACAAAAAAACAUGGACUGACCUUGCUAUUCACAGUAUUAAAUAAAGGAAUUCACUGUCUCACAGUUUGGAGAGUUACUGUGAAAUCCUAACUAAAAAAAUGAAUAAUAUUUCCUCUGCUAAUAAUGUUGGACAUUUGGGAUACAAACAAAAAGUUUCACAAUAAAAAUCAAAACAAUACUGCGAACAAUGGAGACAUUUGUACAGAUUUCACAUUAUAUUCAGAGGGCUGGGGUUACUUAUUCACUCGUAAUGUUUUCACUCAUUAUGAUGAAAUGAUAUGAUAAAGUAAUGAAAAUCAAAACAUUGGUUCUAACUGAAAAAUACUUCAUUCUACCUCUCAGCCACUAAAAAAAGGAGAAAAAAUGUCAGUGACCAUUAUUUGUUUUGUAAAAAUGAAACUUUUGUCUUUGCAAGCAAGAGGCACAUCUUCUUACUUACAUUUUGUUGUCUCUCACCUAUUCUAUGGUACGCCAUUUAGACUUAAAUAUUGCUCAGUUGUUUACAAUGUGUGCUUGAUAAAAGUAUGUUCAUCUUCCCCUCUGUCUCCGACGAGUCAAAAUAGAGUCCUGUCAGGAGAUUUUACCUCUAAGGUAACCCUGUGAAGUAUGUUAUCUGUAAAACAAUAAAUAAAUACUUGUCAUCAAAUCGGACAAGCUUGACAUCAUUCAUUAAAACGGAGGAUGUAUCAACUUAAAACAAAUGAUUUUACACCCUGUUGGUUUUGGUUCUGCAGCAUAUUGGUAGAGUGACGGUCACCGAAUUGCAGAAUUCUCUGACACAAUGAGGAAAACAGAAAUUUUGUCUUUCUCUGUUUUUAAUUUACUUAAGUCCUUCAUGAUAUCUUUAAAAUUGUUUUCCAACUUCAACACUGCAGAAAAAAGUUUUUGACGAUGCCAAAAUGCUGAUGUAACCAAAACAAAACUGUCAAGAAAAGUGUGUCAACACGAAGCCAGUUUUAAUAUAUUAGUUCAUCACGUGUAUACAGCAUUAUUUCUUUUUCUGUUCAUUUAAAUCACCAUCUUCUGUCAUUUAGCUCUGGUGCUAUAACCAAGGGAAUAAUAAUGUCCCAUUGAAAGAAAUAUGAGAAGAAGAAUUACUUUCUACACAAAAGAAAGUUUGUCAAGGACAUCUGUAACUGAGUUUGUUUUUCAGUACAUGAACCACAAUCCACUUAAACAGGGAAGUCAUUAUGUUAAUAGAGUUUUACGUGCUUACACAGUGGAUCCUCGCUCCUGAAUCUACAGCACAGGUCCAGAGAUGCUUGUAGCAUGGAACCACCGAUCGUCGCCAUGACAGAAGCAUCUGGAUGCACCUGAACUGCUGCUCAGCUGAGGACACUUUGAUGUAAAGAUAAUGUUACGUUCCACAUUUUGUUGAAUUGUGUCCUCUUCGGGGCGUUUAUUUACAUAUAAAUCAAUAUAUUAUUCUGCUGGUACUGCUUUAGUAACCCUAGAAUUGACACCAAAACAAAUGUAGACAUUUGAAUUCAUGCUUGUCUCAGUACUAUCAGACUGAUUUUUUUUCAGUAUCAAACAUUUAUGAAGAUUGUAAAUGUUAACCAUUAAGCACUAAAGAAGGGACAAGUCAUUAUGUCAAAUAAUGUGUUUGCUGAGCAGUCUAACCUUGUUUAUAGACACUUUUUAUGUUGUGUGGCCUAUUUGGUUUUUUUGUAUUUUUUUGUAUUUUUUUUUUUUUUUUUACUGUUAUGCUUAAUGUAGGCUAUUACUUUUUGCUUUCCUAUUCUCGUGAAUUAGCUCAUGAACUUUCAACAUGUGUUUAUGUGCACCAUUGUGCUUGACUUGCUUUGUUGGAAAGGGUUUUCAACACAUUA